AUGCAGCCGACUGCUCAGCGGCUAUUGCUCGGGCUUCUUUGUUCAGCUUGGAGCUGUUCCGGCUUCACCGAGGAGUCCAAUGCACUGAACUUUGUCCAACGGAAGGUGCUGCCACGAGUUGCUCCAGCGCCCAACAACUCAACAGCCCAGAGUGAACUUUUGUCGCAGCCCUGGCUCCUUCACCACAAGUACAUCUUUGCUUGUCAUCACAAGGCCGGUGUCUAUCUCCUGGAUACUCUCUUCAAGAUGGUCUUCUAUGCCCUUGGGGCGAAGGAAGGGGACAUGGGCCGUUGGAUUCAGCCGUGUUAUCCCUUUACUUGCCUCUUCCCCGAGGCACCGCUCCAGAUCUGGAUUGACCUCUACUCCGCCGAAAGAGCACAGGAGGCACGAGAAGCUGCCGGUGCAAAAGGCAUUCGCGUCGUGGGAAUCGUGCGAGAUCCUGUGUCCAUGAUCGUCUCAGCAUACUGCUAUCACCAUCGGGGCAUGGAGCCCUACAACGCCAUGUUCUAUCCCGAAGGAACCUUAUUGCAGCUGGGUCCCAAGGAAGGACUCAAGUUUGUUGCAGAGCGGAUGCUAGCCCUCAUCGAAAACAUGACGAGUGCCUUUGAGCAGCCAGUCAAUGAUACCUUCCACCUAGUCUACGAGAAGGUCGCCGGAUCCUCACAGGGUUUCGACGAGCAGGUUGAAGAGAUGAUGAGCUUCUUGUUCGAGGACCACCUAACUUCGGAGCAGCACAGCCUGCUUCUCAACGUGACAAAGUUUGCAGACUUGAAUCGUUUCCCGAGGGAUUCCAGUGAUUCCAGCCACAUGAACGAUGAAGAGUGUGAGGAGGAAGUGAGCAAGUACGUGCCCUCCCUGCACCCAGAGCUCUUGUCACGUUACCGCUCAUUCCAGGAGCGACUUGGAUAUGCAGUCACAUGA